AUGUCAAACGGAUUGAAUUGGCUGAAGAAGCUACGCAGAGCCGAGGUCAACGACCUCGCGCAUGCUGCUGGCCUUGAAGACUAUGCGGAUUACAGCAACAAGGACGCGCUAGCCAUCGCUCUCAACAAAUACCUUCAAGACAACCAAACUAUCCUGAUCAAUGUUCCCGAGUUGAAGGAAUACUGGACGCGCGCGUCUUCAACAUCGCCUGCGCGCACUUCUCCGGUCAAGAAGGCUGUCGGGGUCGACGUCACGCCUGCCCCGAAGAAAGUUGCGCCUGCUGGACGGAAAGCUACUCCUGGAACAACGCGUCGGAGGCAAACACAGCCUAAGAAGGAGGAGGUUGAAGUGACGGACGACUCGGAGGCUUCGGAGGCUUCGGAGGCCUCGACACCGGAUCAGGCUACCAGUCCUGUAACAAAGACUCCUGCGCGCUCGCAAAUCGCUGCCGAGUCUCCACUAUCGCCUGCGUUGGUCACAGAUGCUAUUGAUCGGCAGACCGCUGAAUGGCGCGAGCACAUCAACGACGCGUGGGUCCGUUCUGGCGUACAGGAAUCUUCCAACUGGGUCCGCUCGAAAAUGAGCAGCGUACGAGCUGUGGAGACCAUUGUGAUGGCCGUUGAAGGCGCUUUUCUUAUGAAAGACCUCAUCCCCAUCCGUUAUCUGACCACUAUCCCUGCUGUGCCAGCCAUCAAUAGCCCUGAGUUCGCGCUUAGGGUACCCGACCUCUUCAUGCUUGUGGAUGGGGCCUUUUGGGCCCCGUUCUCCCUGUGGCUGCUUACGGGCUACCUACUACCUCUGCUCUUUGCUUACUUUUUCAACAUCAGCUUGCAGGCAAGCGGCAGUUCUGUGCCUGAGACGCGCAAGGGCCACAAGACGCGUCCUGAAUUCGAUCCGCUCAGUUUCAAUAUCGCCAAAGCCGUCAUCGCGUAUGUGGUUUAUGCGCAGCAUUUCAACUUCAUGGGUCUAUACAGCAACUUCUCCAUCGAGAGGGUCAAUGUAUCAGUCCCGUUCCACUGGCCAGGCAUGCUUACCACUGCUGCAAUUGGGACCGUUGGCACUCUCUACGAGGCUAUUCUGCGAAAGUAG